GAAAGCGCAGCGCACAGAACGGUGCUUCUACUUUUUCCUGCGAGCGGGGAUUUGUUCUGACUCCCCAGCUAAGACAGCGACAUGUGCGGAGGCUGUGUGCAGGAGGAGUACCCGGAUCGGGGCAGCACAUGCUUGGAGACAGGUUCAUUCUUGUUAAACUAUGUGAGUUGCGUUCAGUGCAAUAAGAGAGACUUUGUUCUCAUAGUGAAUAAAACAGCAGAGGAAGAGGAUGGUGAAGAGAUUAUCACUUAUGAUCAUAUGUGCAAAAACUGUCACCAUGUGAUUGCAAAACAUGAAUACACCUUUAGUGUGGUUGAUGACUAUCAGGAAUAUACCAUGCUGUGCAUGCUGUGCGGAAGAGCUGAGGACUCUGUCAGCGUUCUGCCUGAUGACCCACGACAGAUGGCUCCACUUUUUUAAACCUAUGACAUUGAUUGCUGUCAGAACUGCAAACAAAAUAGAAUAUUAUUUCUGCAAUCAUUUCACAUAAAACUAUGACUACUCAAACUGUUGUAGUGUUAAACCUCUGCACAGUAUUAUAACACAAAUGCUAGCUUUUAUGGAUUUUGUUUUAGAAUGCAUAAACAUUAAUAGUGUUCUAGACAAAGUAGAAGUACAUUUGUCACAUGCUUAUGUUUCUUGAUAUUGCUCUAAAUAUAUACAUACAAAAUUAGCAAAUUGCAAAAUAGGUAACUUCAAACAGUUAAACUACACUAUUGCUCAGUCUUUUUCAAUAAUUUCCUCCUAACUUACUUCAAGCUGCAGUGCCCAUAAGGCUAAUGCCAGACGGGGCUGAUCCUCAGCAUGCCUCUAUGCUUCUUUCAUUGCAACUGCUGAAAUCCACUCCAUGUGCCUUCACCCGGGCCGACACAAUAGCUCCAGGUGCAGGCACGAGGAAUAGAUGAUGCCAAAGUAGGGGCUGAUUUUCAGCCUGGGUUUAUCUGCAGUAGCCUAAACUAUGAUUAUUUGUCUUCAUGUUUUAUAAGUGAAAUUCUUAUAUUCAUUAUUCUUUUUUCUGGUUUACUGUACAUGUAUAGGAUCUAUUAUCUAGAAUGUUUGGGACCUGUUUUUUUUUUCCUAAUUUGGAUCUCCAUACCUUAAGGCUACUGAAAAAAAAUAUUUAAAGAUUAGAAUCACCCCAGUGGGAGUAUGUUGCCACCAAUAUCUAAUUAUUCUAGCAAUUACCAUAAAGUACAAGUUACUGUUUUAUGCUUACAGGGAAAAAUUAGACUUAUUUAAUUAAAAUAAACUCUAUGGGAGAUUGUCGUCUUAUAAUUCCCAUACCUGUAACUACCUAAAAAAUACAAACUGGCCUUUAGCCAGAAUUCUGAAAUAUCUGAUCAUAAAAAAAAACAACAAAUUUCUAAUUGGUAAGCCUGUUUGAUGUUGUGCUAGAAAUUAAAAGAAUUUCAUUUCUGGACAUGUCCCCCUCAUAUAUUAGCUAAACUUUCUUCUCGUUGUCUUGUUUCAAAAUGUUCAUAUUCUUUAAGGAUAUCUCUUAAUAAAUUGCACAGAGAACACUUUGUAUAAAA